AUGGGAACAUGUUCAAGUUAACCAAAGUAGCAUAAAAAUAAUAUUAAACCAAAAACAAUCUAGAAUAAACUUGAAACUAAUCUCAACUCAGACUAAAAGCAACUUAUAUCUUAAAAAUAAAAAGAGAUAUAUCAAGGCCCAAAAUAACCAAAUUAAGAAGUUUAAGAAUAAGAGGAAAAAAAAGAAAAUGAAGUUAGCUUUGAGAAUUAGUUAACAGAUGAAACAGCAAUUAAAUCAUAUCUCUUAGGGGAAGAGAUGUCAGACUUAGUUAUAUAGAAAGAUAACAACUUAAUUGUCCAAAUACAACGUAAAUUAAGAUUUAAAGAUAAAACUUUGAUAGCAUCUGUGAUAAAAUCACUUUUUUUAUGGAUUAGUAUGAAUUGAUUUGACAUAAUUAAUUAGUGUAAAGAAAUUAGAAGAUCCAAUUUAUCAGUUAGAUAAAAAGUAUCCAAGUGAGGUCUCAAUAAUUUCUAACAAUUUUAUAGCUUUCUUUAUAGGAUCUUUUCGAAUAUGAUUUAAACUUAAUGAAAAAUGAUUAGAUUCUAUAAAAAGGACUUGAAUUAUGUUGUAAAACAUACCAUAUAUUAUAAAAUUUAGGAAAGAAGUCAAAAACUUAAAAAACAUAUACAUAAGUUAUAUAAGAUGAAGAAAUGAUAAGAAAUGAAGAAUUAAAAAAAUAAUACUUAAUAGUUUAGAGUGAAAUAAAAUUGGAAAUUAUACGAACAUUUUCAAAUAACAAUGAUAUUGUUAAAUCUUAACAAUAAUAAAAUAAUCCUUUAGUUUCCUUGAAAUUCAAUACAAAACAUACCAUUACAUUAGCAAAAUAAUAAACAUAAAAUAAUAAGCAGGAGAUGAUGAUGAAAAUAGUAACUUAUUUUAAUCACUUUAAGAUGCUUUAGAUUAUGAUAUUCAGUAUAAUUAAUAUGAUAUGA